CACUUCGUGUCAGGCGGCCCGGUAUUCGUCCCACGCAAGUUCAAUGAUUUGGUUGGUUGGGCUCAGCGGCUCGCCCGAAAUCUGCCUCGGCGGAGGCCAACUUACGCUCCUCAGGAACACGCGUGUGCAUGUGUUCCCCUGACUGUCACGAUCUAUCUUUGGUUUGUUGACGGAGCCGCAUACUCUAAAAGGCUCCCAAGGUCAACGGCGCUGGUCCCUCUCCAUGCAUUUUCGGCACCGCUAAAAAUCCAAAACGCCAAUUAGAAUUGAUGCUGCUGGCCCAGCACAUUUACGAAUUUACGAACCAUGUCGACGACCGGAGUUGAUGAUAUUGCUGCAGAGUUCGCUGCGAGCUGCCAACGCUCAAAGGACUACCCAUUGACCGUCUUGAGGACCGAGGUUUUUGGUCAUACCCAGAAAUCUUACCAGGCACGUCUCAAUCAAGGCGCCGUAUUUCACAAAUCACACCGGUCACUCUACGUUCGUGAUCUCCAGUAUGCUGCCGCAGCAUUCGACCGGGGGCGGCUUCUCGAGAAGGUGGAUGAUGUCGAGGCCCUUCUUGAUCCCGAGGAGAAGGACCCCUGGUGGCGGUUCAUCUUCUUACAUUCAAAGACCUCAAGAGACCCCCUGGGUUGCUCCAAAGAACAACUCACGAUGCUCUUGACCUACCACCAAGUCAUGCCCUCAUUCUUGGAUCUUGUGUUCACCUUCAGGUCCCGUAGCCGGCCACUGAACCAUGCCGUCUUCCGGCAUGAAAACUACCUCGACGAGAACCUCCCGUCCCUCCGGCUCCCGCACCUGGGCAGGUCGGGCAUCCAAAUCCAGCACGCCUUCAACCUCCUCACGGUUGAAAAAAGCAACAUGGCCGACGAGAAAAACCAAUGGCCACUGCGCCAUGCAUCCAUGUAUCAUUCUUUGGACCUGGAAACCGGUCGGGCCGUCUACAUCCUCCUAAAAGGGAACAGCGAGCUCGCGAAGCGCAUUAAAGACGCCACCGAUGUGAACAGGCACUUGCGACCCGACGCCCCGAGGACGCCAGAACGGUCUUUCGUGGCGAGCCUGCAGGUGCAUCUCAUCAUGCUCGAGUGGUGUGUCGAGUAUUGGACCGAAUAUAUCGACGGCGUCGAGGACUCGCUCCGGACCCGUUCCGUGGAGGCCAAGGUUGCCCCGGUGGAGGGUGUUGCCAGCCCCGUCAGGCUCGCCGAGAGCUUCCAGCGCCGCGGCAGCACCUUCUCCAGACGCGGCACCAUAAGAACCCUGUCCCGCCUGUCCUCCACAAGCCACGGCAACGGUCAGGACAGUCUUAUCGAGGAUGUUCCGUCGGAGCCUUCGACUCCCCGCUCACCCUCCACGCCUAUUCGCGCCGCUAGCCGAACUCUCACGGGGCUUUUCCGGCGCGCUACGGGAGGUUUGGAUAACGGGUCCGGUUCAGUGCAAGAGAAAACCCCUGUGCCGGAACGGGACGUGCUGAUGGACAAACUGACGGAGCUGGAGGAGCGUUUUUCCUUCAACGAGCUGCAGCGCCUGAGCCUGAUAGGCGACGAGAUCGACCGGUCCCUUUUGGCGCUGGAGCAGAACCAAGACGUUGUUUCCCAGGUCCAAGAGCAGUACCAAACGGUCAUCUCCUCGCACGCGUUCACUACGUUGUUAAACGAGGGCCAAUGCAAAGCAGAGCUAGCCGUCUUUUUCCGGCGGGUGCGCACCGUCCUCCGCGACCUGGCCGUCCAUCGCCGGCGCCUUCUCGACCUCUCUCGCACCGUGGACAACGACAAGAACAUGUUCGAGGCCCUCAGCCAACACACCAGCAUCCAGACGUCCAAGGCGUUCCAGGUGGUGGCACAGACAUCGAGCGACGAGAUGAUGAAGUGGACACAUAAGAUGCACGAGAUCGCGGUCAAGACCAAGCAAGAGACUCUCUCGAUGCACGUCAUCACCAUCUUCACGCUCAUCUUCCUACCGGGCACCUUUAUCGCAACCUUCUUCAGCAGCGGCGUCCUACACUGGGACGAAGACGGCACCCUGGGCUCCGAGUGGGUGGUGCGCGACGCGGGUAUCCGCCUGUUCCUGUCCAUCUGCCUGCCCCUGACCGUCAUCACCAUCACCAUCUGGGCCGUCAUGUAUGCGUUCGCCCGCCGCUGGGCUCGACGCCACGCCAAGACCCUCGGCCUAUCGGAUCCAGAGUAUGGUAAUGAAAAGGGGUUGCCCAUGCCACGCCAGGCAACCAGCAAAUGGGGGUCCUGGCGCUUAACCCACCGCCCGCCCUCCAAUCCGGUCCCGCCAAUGCCCGCGAUGGCACUUGGCGUGAACCUGGAACCCUUCUCCAGGUUCGCCGAAUUCGUCGCCGAGACCAAGCCCAAACAUACCGGCUGCGAUAUCGCUGGAAACCUCAGGCAAUACGUCCCGUACACCGAACUCCAGACAUAUUGGACGUAUCUGCGCAUCUUCUCCACCCUCGUCUACACCCACCACGACACCCUUCACCUCCUCCCCCGCUUGUUUAUUAGCCGCACCCUCUCGGACGAGAGGUUGCCAUUACGAUGCCGGCCAAGCGAAUGGCCUGACGAGACUUUCCACCGCGACUUCUUCAGCCGGGUCGUCGAGAACCAGUGGCAGUUCUUCCCGCUGUAUUUCGACCACGAUCAGCUACACGACCGCUUGAUCGAAGACAAACGCAUUCUUCCCAUCAAGUUCGGCGAGCAGAUUGCCCACGGUAGCGCGGCGACGAUUUAUCCUUUCGACAUCCAUCCCGAGUAUAACCGCAUUGGUUUGGAUAAACACAAGCGCCUCGUUUCGCAGACCUUUGUCUUUAAAAUCUACCACAACAAAAAAUAUGAGGACUACUACGAGAACGAGCGCCGAGCGCUACAACGCCUCAGCGCCGCCCCGUCCCCGAACCUGAUCAAGUUCCACGGCUCUCUCCGGCAGCUCGGUUCAUACUGUUUGCUGCUGGAGUAUGCGGACGGGGGGAAUUUGGGCGACUUCUUCGACGGGUACAGCCCGCCCUCUACGGUCGAGGAUGUGGCGCUGUUUUGGAGGAGCCUCUUCCAGGUCUUCUCCGGCCUAGAGAGGAUCCACCAACUCAUGUCAUACAACGAAGACGAACUCAUUAGGGGCAUUCACGAGGAUAUUCGGCCGGAAAACAUCCUUCUCAUGAAGGGGCCGUCAGGGUCUCCCUAUGACUUUACCCCCAAGGUGGCCGAUUUUGGCCUGUACAGUCGCGUCAGAACAGCCAAGGCGAGGUCCGGCGGGCCGAUGGGACUUGACCAUUACGGGAAUCAACGAUUUAGGACAAACAUGAUCACCACGAAGGCUGACAUCUUCUCUAUGGGGGCCGUCCUUAGCCACGCUGCCGCUUGGGUAGUGGGCGGGCCCAAGGAGCAACUGGCCUACUUCAGAUUACGCAGUGACUACCACGCAACAAACCUUCCCCGGUUCAAGCACAGCGGCUAUGAAGGCUGCUUCCAUAACAGCAUCGGGCCAAUACCCGCCGUUACGCAAGAGCACAAAAAGCUCCGAGAGGGCCUCCCCUCCUGGGACGACGUUACCCCCACAGUGCUCGACUGGGUCACAGCGUGCAUGCUCGUCCAAUUCCCCAAAGACCGUUUGCCGGCGAGGGAUAUUGCAGAAAUAUUCGAGCAAUUCAUGGAUAACCGCUUUCUACUGACGCCUUCUCCGCAACCACUAUCUGGCGGUACCGACUCUACGAUGCAAUCCUCAUUGUGGUCGGAACUAGGAUCCCCGACGUCCACUCUUGACGGUGUGUCACCCUCCCUAAACGGCGCUGUUCCGGGUGUCGGUUUAGGACUUGUUUGCCGGCCUUCCCUGAAAGUCCUGGUAUCAUCCCAUGACCAUAACACGACCAUGGCCACGGUGGCCAGUUCAUCCCCCCCGACGCCACCACCAGACGAUCCCGAGCCAACCGCCCGCGGUGCCCCGCACGCCGACUUAGAUCGACCAUCGCACGACGCGAACAGUCUUCCCAGCUCGUCAUCGCAGGCUCGUCAAGCAGACGUUUCCCAACGCGCCUCUUCCAGCGUAUCCGCCAGGUCCUGGACGCCCCCCAACCCCAAGAUCGGCAUCUCCAGAAUCCACCAAUACAGAUCUGCCAUGCACGACGGCAAGCCGGCCGACCAAGAAACGGCCGAGUUGGUGGACUACCUGGAGCACAACCUGGGGGGGCGGGACCAGUUCUUUUUUAUCGACGACUCGCUGAGCAUGGCGGCCGACAAGGCGACCGUCUCGGACGGGUUCCGGGCGCUGGCGUGCAUCGCCAAGCGGCUGGACCCGAACCGGGUGGAGCUGGCGUUCGCGUCGCGCCCGCGCAAGGUCUUCCGGGCCCGCGCCGUCCGCCGCCUGCACGACCUCGUCACCGCCUGCCGCUACCGAGGGGACGGCCACCUCAUGGAGGACCGCCUCGGCGAGCUGAUCGACAAUGUCAUCAUCCCGCGCCUGCCCUACAAGAUUCUCGGUGUGAACGUCAACCUCUGGGCCCGCAAGAAGGUCAGCGUCUACGUCUUUACCGACGGCGACUGGGGGGACGUCGGCCACAGUGCCGAUGCCUGCGGCGUGGAGAGGCCCGUUCGCCGUCUGAUUGAGGAGCUGAAGAAGCGCCGGCUUGAUCGGACCCAGGUUAGCUUGCAUUUUGUGCGGUUUGGGAAUAAGGAGAAUGGGAAGCGCCAUCUGCAACGCUUGGAUGAUUGUGGUGUGGCUGAUGGGUGGGAUAUUGUUGAUGUGAAGAAUAUCAAGACGGAUGUUGCGGGAAUGAUCAUUGGUCCGUUGACCCGUUCCAACGACGAUAUCCCAACGAGCCCGACUGUUUAGCGACGAGUCGGGAUGACCAGGGGGGCGAGGGCAAGGGGUUGGUUUUUGGAUACACAUAUCAUUGGGGCGGCGUCAUAUACCAGGGGCUCGAUUCUCUUGUUUUUUGUUUACCAAGGCAUCAUACGACCGCUGAUUUGACUUUGCUAUAUACCAUUCAGCUUUGGUGCUGACUGACCUCUGGGAAGCGGCACUCAGCUGCCUAACAACAAGCUACUUAAUGCCGAGUCGUGUUUAUCACAUUCUCUGCGAAUUUGAUUUCACACCGCCUGGGGCUACUCAGCGCUGCACGAACUGAGUCAUGGCCCAUGUUGUUUUCUUACUGGCUGCGGUUGUGAUUGGCGUGAAUAAGCGUCCCACACAUGUCUUAGAUCCCCGAGGUCGCAAAGGCGACGCCGACGAUUUUGUCAA